ACAUCUGCAACUAUUACAGUUUGCUGGAGAAGGAUUAUUUUGGCAUUCGAUAUGUGGACCCUGAGAAGCAACGGCUCAUCCACCAUAUACCAUGUGCUUUAGAGUGAAAUUCUACCCACACGAACCUUUGAAGAUUAAAGAAGAGCUUACCAGGUAUCUUUUAUAUUUGCAAAUUAAAAGAGACAUUUUCCAUGGUCGUCUGCUGUGCUCCUUUACAGAUGCUGCCUACCUGGGGGCUUGCAUUGUUCAAGCUGAGCUUGGGGAUUAUGAUCCUGAUGAACACCCAGAGAAUUACAUCAGUGAUUUUGAGAUUUUCCCUAAGCAGUCCCACAAGUUGGAAAGGAAAAUAAUGGAAAUACACAGGAAUGAACUCAGGGGCCAGAAUCCACCAGUUGCUGAAUUUAACUUACUACUGAAAGCACAUACUUUGGAAACCUAUGGGGUGGAUCCCCAUCCCUGCAAGGAUUCAACAGGGACGACGACAUUUUUAGGAUUCACUGCUGCAGGGUUCGUCGUGUUCCAGGGAAAUAAAAGAAUUCAUUUGUUAAAAUGGCCGGAUGUCUGCAAAUUGAAGUAUGAAGGGAAGACAUUCUAUGUGAUUGGCUCUCAGAAGGAGAAAAAGGCCAUGUUGGCAUUUCACACCUCAACUCCGGCUGCUUGCAAACACCUCUGGAAGUGUGGAGUGGAGAAUCAGGCCUUUUACAAGUAUGCAAAAUCCAGUCAGAUCAAGACGGUGUCAAGCAGCAAAAUAUUUUUUAAAGGCAGUAGAUUUCGAUAUAGUGGCAGAGUUGCCAAAGAGGUAGUGGAGGCGAGUUCCAAAAUCCAGAGGGAUCCUCCUGAGGUUCACAGAGCCAACAUUACCCAGAGCAAGAGUUUUCACUCCUUAAAUAAACAGCUCAUCAUCAACAUGGAACCCUUGCAGCCACUUUUGCCUUCUCCCAGUGAACAGGAAGAGGAGGUUCCUUUGGAUGGUGGUAUUCCAUUGCUGAGAGAAGAUGACCAUUCGGCCCCUGUGAUAUCUAGCUCACCAAUAAAAAACAUUGGAGAGUAUGGGGACUUCUCAAGGGAGCAGGAGGAGAAAAUCAAAGAAGAACCUUUGACCAUCUCAGAAUUGGUCUACAACCCAAGUGCCAGCCUGCUUCCCACCCCAGUUGAUGAGGAUGAGAUCGACAUGCUCUUUGACUGUUCUUCGAGGCUUGAGUUAGAAAGAGAAGACACUGAUUCAUUUGAGGAUCUAGAAGCGGAUGAAAAUGCCUUUUUGAUGGCUGAGGAAGAGGAACUCAAGGAAGCCCGGAGAGCCCUGACAUGGAGCUAUGACAUUUUGACUGGCAACAUCCAACUGAAUCCCUUCGUCAAGAGUUUCUCCAGGCUUCUUGUCGUAGGUUUAGGACUGUUACUGUUUGUGUUCCCUCUCCUUCUCGUUCUUUUGGAGUCAGGCAUCGAUCUGUCCUUCCUUUGUGAAAUUCGUCAGACACCAGAGUUUGAGCAGUUCCACUAUGAAUAUUACUGUCCCCUCAAGGAGUGGGUGGCGAGAAAAAUAAACUUUAUCCUCUACUUGUUGGGUUGCUCAUAAAGUUACCAUAUUUUGUGACUAAGGGCUAUGUUCAAUACUAGUGAUUUUUCUUUCUUUUUCUUUUCUUUUUUUGGAACUGCCUGGCUUUUGGAAAGAUCAUGGGGCCAUUAGCAGGUAGCUCUUUUCAUCCAUAUAUAACAGACUGUUCAAUUCCUUAAGUUAGCUUUUCAUAAUUCAAUAUACUUAAGUAAGUUAGUCAACUAAACCAUUAUUUUAAUUAUAGGCCAGAAUGGUGGCUAUUUAAGUAACCAAAAAGAUGUUUAUUUUUAUUGCAUUGUAAGCUUACUGCUUACUUACUAUACCAUAGAACAUUAUGUAGAGCUAACUUGUUUUUUUUUUUUUAAAAGUUUGUAGCAUUAUUAGCUGUAAGGUUUAGGAUCGGAAUUUUAGUAAAAUUGGAGGGAAAUAUUUUUGAAUAUACUCCUUAGUGCAACAAUCUCUUCUAACCAAUGCCUAUACAAGCAAAGUUUAUGCUGGGUUUUUGUUGUUUUUUUUAAAAAUAUUUUUAUGUGUUCAAAAUAUUUUGGUAAAUUUUUAGCAAAAGAAGUCUUCUGAAGUUCUUUAAGUGUACAGAUUGUAAGAUUAAUGCACAAACGGUACAUGGGGAAUUUUUUAAUGUUUUGGCAGAUUUGUUUUUAAAAAAAUAUUUUUGGCUGGACAAUUCUGUAAUUUGUUAUAACUGCAUAUGAGAUAGCAAACUGUUAGAAGAAUGAUAUAGGAAGUUUAGGAAACAGAAAAUAGAAUGGGUAAUAUAUCUAAUUUAAAAAGUAACAAUACCACCUAUGAAAUAUGACAAAAGUUGCUCAGUAAUCUGUUUCUGACUAUCCUCUAUCUAAAGUAUAGGGAGACAUUAUCAUUGACAAGAUGACCAGUAACCUUCACCUGUGUCCUGUUAUCUUCUAUCUCAACUGAUGCAGCAGAAAGUCACUGGAAGAGAGUGAAAGUGAUUCCUAAGAGGGCACUGGCUUUCCAAGCUAAUUGUACAUUGUGUACAUAAUAAGAGAGAAAGGGAAGAAGGAUUAGAAUGUAACCCUCCAAAAGGAUUUCUAACUAGGAUAUGGUAGGUGAGUGGUGAUAGCUUAACUUUAAGAAAGUCAUGGGAAAUGUAGAUUAUAUGAUGAUUUAAAGGAAUGAAGCAUGGACUCAGAGCUGAUAGAAGUUUGUAUUAUUAUAAAUACAUUUUAAAAAAACAAAAGGGAGGAAAUUUAAGGUAAGUAUAUUGAAGGUCCCUCAUUCUAGUCAUGAUGAUUCUGUGAAACUAACUCCAGGGAGUUACUAGAAGGGUGGGGGUUGCCUGUGUGUGUGUGUGUGUGUGUGUGCACACACACAAAAGAGGGACAAAGGAGGGAGAAAGAGAGAUACUUUUCCAUAUGUGAUAGUGGUUACUCUGUAAGAUUAGACAUGCAGCUUGCAAUAACAUUUAUACAACUCUAAUCCUAAAUCUGACUUUCAAGUCUAGCUGUGGGCAGACAAGGUCACAUGGAGAAUAUGGAAGAAUUGUUAUGCAUAUAAUAUCAUCCCUUUUUUUUUUAAUGCAGGAUCUUUUACAAGGAAAUGUUCUCAUGGCCUCAUGGAACUAUUUUCCUACAUAAGGGAGGAAAAAAUUGGUUUAGUACCGUUCUUAUUAGCGUUUAAACCAUGGGUGUGAGGUUUGUUGCCUUACCAGAGAGAAUAUGUCCCUAUUGCAAGGACUAUAGUCCUCACAAAGUAAAUGGCAUAAAAUAAUUGCAUUUGCUUUGUAAAAGACUUCUUUCCCUAAAUCCCCAUUUUUCAUUUUGGAGCUUUUUCUAUAAUGUGAGCCUCAUUUAAAAAGAGGUUGGUUAACUUAUGGGCUCUCUGAAACUCUGUUGACCCUUUAAAUUUACCAUGAGCACAUUUUUCAAAAUUGCUCUGUAAUUUUUUAUCUGGGCAUAUAUAUAUAUAGAUAAAGAUGCCUGGCUUUUGGUGCUAAGAGCCCAAUUAGAAGGCUCUGGAUGCCUCAUUUAGACAUCUGAUUUUGCAAAUUGGAUUUGAAAGGUAGCUCAUGGAGCCUUUCUUUACUUGGGUCUGAAAUAAUUUAAAUAAUUUGAAUUAAAUUAGCUAUGUUAGAAUUUAUAACCUUAAAUUUCAAGGCUACUGUUCAUAUUGUUUCAGUAAUUUAUUAUGCCUUCUAGUAAUAUAUAAAAAUCCAAUAAUAUGAUGUACCUUAAUUCAUUGGUCCUCCAAUCUUUCUCCAUUUGCUGUCUUUGAGAGUUUUGCAAGUAACAAACUUGGAAAGUAAUAUUUCAUUAAUUUAUUUUAUUUCUUCCUACUUUUUCUUAUUGAUUCAUAUUAUAAAGGUAGUUGUUAGUCUCUAAAAUGACUAUGCUUUAGUGAAAUCUACUAACUAUUUUUUCUUCCCUACCACACUAUUAUUUAAUAUCUUACAUCCUAUUCCUCAGAAUAUUGAUCAAUGUUAGGAAGAUGUGUUUUAAAUAGAAACAAAUGCAGAUUUAAAAAAAUCCAGCUAAAUAUUUCCUUAUUCUUGGGCAGAAUCCCAUAGUGAACAGAUGUAUUUGUGAAUAGACAGAUUGGCUGAGAAAUUAAGAAUUCAAUGAGUUUAUAUAAUGACAAAAAGCUAAGACUGGGAUUCUUGAAUGUAAAACUUGAGUGAUGCUUUCCUUUACCUAGAGCUUUGGAGAUAAUAUUAGGUUUAUUGGGGAAAUUUUUGUCAUCUAUUGGCUGAUCAAAUAAAGACAAGAUUAUUUCUGGGAAUGAAUAGUACAAGAUGUUGUUGGAGAUGAAACGGAAAUGUGUGAGUAUAUGUAUAGAUCAUGUUUUCUAUAUGUGUGUGUUUAUAUAUAUGUCUUUAUAUGUGUAUUUGUACACACAGUAAUGAUACAUAUUUCAUAUACACACAGGUUCUCAUUUUAACAUGCAUGGGCAUUUCUGAUAUUUGUUUGCUUUUCCGUGUAGAAGUUAUAGUGAGUUAAACUCACUAAGUAUUUAAUUUGUUAGUGAUAAUAAUUGUGUAAACAUCUGUGGAUAUAUAUGUACACACAAGUGAGAUAUAUACAUAUACACACACAAACAGUUGGCUUCAGUGUUAAUGAAAGUUGGAUCAUAAAGAAUUUGUAGGUUAAGUGUUGUGUAUUUCUGUCUGUGCUUUGAACUAUCUUGUAAAAUGUUAUGUAUUUGGAAUAUAUUUUGUGGUUUGUCUGAUAUUUAUAAACACAGCUCUGGGAAGAAUAAACUAUGGAUUGUUGAUUA